GGCCGCUCCCGGAAGUGGGCUUCCCCUGCUCCGAAGCGGGGCGGCUGGGUCUGAAACUCGGGUCUUGGCAACCGUGGCGCGGCCCGGCCCGAGAAGCAGGGGUGAACUGGGCUGCCGCCAUGGCCGGGAGCCAGGACAUGUUCGACGCCAUCGUAAUGGCGGAUGAGAGAUUUCAUGGGGAGGGCUACCAGGAAGGCUAUGAAGAAGGCAGUAGUUUGGGGAUAACUGAAGGAAGACAAUAUGGCACUUUACAUGGAGCCAAAAUUGGAUCUGAGAUUGGGUGCUACCAAGGCUUUGCUUCUGCAUGGAAAUGUCUCCUCUGCACUUGCGCCACUGAGAAAGACAGCAAAAAGAUGAAGGUCUUAGAAUCCUUGAUUGGGAUGAUUCAGAAGUUCCCUUACGGCGACCCUACUUACGAUAAACUUCAUGAAGACUUAGACAAAAUUAGAGGAAAAUUUAAACAGCUUUGUUCAUUACUUAAUGUUCAGCCGGACUUUAAAAUUAGUGCGGAAGGUUCUGGACUGUCAUUCUGAGGUUGACGGAUGAACAAAGACGAAACAGAUGUCCGUACGUUAAGGGUUUAAAAAUGUGAUUAAAGGCAACACAGUGAUGGGGCAUUCAUGUCCUGUGGGGAGGACUUCCUGCCCGUGAGGUUUUUGGCCUGUGUUGCCCCCGUCCCCCUGGGGGCCUCUUGCCACAAGCCCAUCCUUUGUCACGCUCUGUCUGCUCUGCCGGCUGAAUGGUCCUGGCAGAGCCUUAUGAGGCCAGGCACUGCUGGUCCGCACUCUGUUGGCUUCCUGGCCCUCUCCAGCAGGGCAGGCCUGGCUGGUUCUAGACUGGGGAAGGUUCUGGAAAAGCUCACCACCCAAGCUGGACUUAGCAUGCAGAGGAACAUUUUUUUCAGAAAUGAGAGAGAUGUGCUGACAUGAAGUAAGUUAAUGGGAAGUAGUGACAAUUGCUUUGACAUUUAUGGAGCCUUACUCUUUGGCAGGCAUUGUGCUAAGUGCUCCCCAGGUUUGAUUUAAUCUCUUUGGUAGCAUUGUGGUGGGUAUUAUCCCCAUUUUACAGAUGAAAAAGUGAGACCCAGAGGCACUGACUGGCUGAAAGGCCCCAGUCACAGAGGUGGGUUCUGCAACCCCCACGCCCAUGUCUCUAGCCCCCACAAUGUGCCACCACUGCGAACACACAGGUUGGCACGGCACAGAGUUGGGGCUCCGUGCCCUGGGUUCUGGUUUACAUAGGUAGAAUCUGGUUCCUGCCGUGCUUUGUGGUGCUCUGGGGCGUUCGCUGUGGUGGGAUUACAGAGGUGUCUGGUCAAGAGGAAGCGGGGCUGGCCUAAUCCCGGGAAGCCUCGAAAUGUGCUUCACACUUGUCCUCCGAAUUGGGGUCUGGAUUCUGCGGCAUUAAAAACUUGGCUCAGAGGGAGAAUGUUUGGAACCAAAGGCUCAGUGUUGGGCUCCUGGUACACGGGCAAAAGCUUUUGGGGGCUGGUAUUUGGGACAUAGCCGUCUUCCUUUUCACAUGAGUUCUGUCAUCUGUCGGCACGUACGAGGCACACAUGUCCACAGGGAGGGCCAGGUCAGCAGAGGGUCAGCUGGUCCUCGCUGAGUUCCAGGGUUCUCUGGGUUCUCGGUCACAUGUGAUGCCCCUCCCGUGGGCAUGCCCAGGGUGACGGGCGGCUCCUGGCACACUGCACUGCCCCCACUCCUGUUCAGGAGGCAGGUCUGACGGCUGUGAGAGAUGACUGAAGGAAUCACCUCAAAUCCACUCCAAUUUAUGUUUUGUAAUUGUCCUGGAGUGCCACUGUGGGCGGAUUGUGGACUGUGAAGCGCCCCAGUCAGCACCAGAAGAACUGAUUGCGAGCCCAGUCGGAGCCGUGGGCCUCUUCUUGCAUCGCCUUCGGUUGACCUUGCCAGGUGCCGUGGAAGUCAGGGAUGCAGACGCUUCUGUUUCCUGAAGGACACGACUGCGGCGCUGUCCUCUAGCGUGUGCCUCGCUGUUGUCUGCUCCUCAGCCAAGGCCCGGGGGCCUGGCCUGCUGCCCUGUCCUGCCUCCCUGACGUCUGGCUCGUGGGAGGUGAAGUGACUCACAGAGGUCGCGACCUUUAGAUGGUGGGAGCAUAGGGGUUUGGCUCAUAUUUUCCUUGGUGGAUUUUAUGUUUUCUAAGUUAUUUGCAAUGGUAAUGUCUUCUUUUUGUAAUUGGAGGACAAAAUAAAUAAUGUAUUUUAAAACGAAA